GACAGUGGCGAUUGACUGUAAUUUCACUGAAUCGUAAGCCCAAGUCCGUCAAAAAUCUAAGUCCACGCGCCGCCGAGGUGGCGCGUUGCUCGGACAGUAUAAAUCCCCCCCAUUUCCCCAGGGAGAAACAGAGCCGAGGAGCAGAGCAAGCAGAGGAGAACGGCGAACCAAAUUCAACAGAGAAGAAGAAGAAGAAGAAGAAGGAGCGGAGGAGGAGGAAAAUGGAGAAUCUGUCGAGUGGGUUUCCGCUGUUUCAGCAGCAGUACCGUUCGCUGUUCAAGAAGAACCUUCUCCUCUCAUGGCGGAACAAGCGGGCCACGUUCCUUCAGCUCUUCUCUUCCUUCUUCUUCAUCUUCCUCAUCUUCUGCAUCGACAGGGCAAUUCACGCCCGCUUCGCCACGUCUACGGCCUACAAGUCCGUCACCGACCCGGACCCUCUGGUGGCCCCGCCGAUCCCGCCCUGCGAGGAGAAGUUCUACACCAAGCUCCCCUGCUUCGACUUCCUCUGGAGCGGCAAUGGGAGCGCCCGACUGCGGGGUAUCGUCAACGCAAUCCGGGCGAACAACCCCGGCAGGCCAAUUCCGGCCAGCAAGGUGUUAUCGUUUAGCACAGCCGACGAAGUGGAUCGGUGGCUAUACGAGCAUCCGAUGCGAUGCCCCGGAGCUCUGCAUUUCGCAGAAAAGAACGAUUCUAUGAUCAGUUACGGAUUACAGACUAACUCCACGCCUGCCAUGAAGAGAGGCCACUUCGAGGACCCGACUUUCAAGUUCCAGAUACCCCUUCAGCUUGCUGCCGAGCGUGAGAUUGCCCGGUCUCUCAUCGGAGUACCGGGCUUCAGCUGGGUAGUCAGGCUGAGGGAGUUCGCACACCCUGCAGUCGAGACCUUCUCGGCUGUGGCUACAGUGGGGCCCACCUUCUUCCUCGCGAUUGCCAUGUUCAGUUUCGUUUUCCAGAUUAGCUCUCUGACCACUGAGAAAGAGCUCAAACUCCGUCAGGCAAUGACCUUAGUGGGCCUUUUUGAUUCGGCUUAUUGGCUGUCAUGGCUCUCCUGGGAGGGGGUCCUAACCCUCAUCUCAUCGCUCUUCACGGUCCUCUUUGGGAUGAUGUUCCAGUUUGAUUUCUUCUUGAACAACAGCUUCGCGAUCGUGUUCCUCCUCUUUUUCCUCUUCCAGUUCAACAUGAUUAGUUUUGCUUUCAUGUUAUCGGCCUUCAUCAGCAAGUCUUCUUCGUCCACAACUGUUGGUUUCUUUAUAUUCAUUAUUGGCUUUCUAACUCAGCUUGUUACAAUAUUCGGGUUCCCUUACAGCACCACCUUCUCUGAUACGUAUAGAAUCAUCUGGUCUUUGUUUCCUCCUAAUCUUCUCGCUGAAGCUUUGAAUCUGCUAGCCAGUGCAACUUCCGCCCCCGGUGAUCCUGGAAUCAGCUGGAAGGGCCGCACAAAAUGUUCUCCCAAUGAUACCGAGUGCGUGACAACAAUGAAUGAAAUCUACCUAUGGCUUGUGGCGACUUUCUUUGUGUGGUUUGUCUUGGCCAUUUACUUUGACAAUAUCAUCCCGAAUGCUUCAGGUGUGAGGAAGUCGGCCUUCUAUUUCUUGUACCCAGGUUAUUGGACCGGGAAAGGCGGAAGCAGAGUUCAAGAGGGUGGAAUUUGUAGCUGCAUCGGUUCAGUUCCGCCAGUGGAGCCUAUAACUCCUGAAGAUGAAGAUGUUCUCGCAGAGGAAACUGCUGUGAAAGCACAAGCAAGAGAGGAGCAAAUCGAUGCUAAUAUCGCAGUUCAAAUCCGUGGUCUCGUGAAGACAUAUCCUGGGACCACAAAAAUCGGGUGCUGUAAAUGCAAGAAGACAUCAUCUUACCAUGCUCUUAAGGGCCUGUGGGUGAAUUUUGCCAAGGAUCAACUAUUCUGUCUUCUUGGGCCGAACGGAGCAGGAAAGACAACUGCAAUAAAUUGUUUGACUGGAAUCACCCCGGUAACUGGAGGAGAUGCACUGAUUUACGGUUACUCAAUCAGAAACUCAGUAGGAAUGUCAAACAUUAGAAAGAUUAUCGGCGUUUGCCCCCAGUUUGAUAUCCUGUGGGACCUAUUAACUGGUCAAGAACAUCUCUACCUCUUUGCCAACAUCAAAGGUCUUCCCCCUGCUUCAAUUAGAUCGGUUGUCAAGAAGUCACUUGAUGAGGUCAGACUAACAGAGGCUGGCAAAGUGAGGGCAGGGAGCUACAGUGGAGGAAUGAAACGUCGCUUGAGUGUGGCUAUAGCCCUCAUCGGAAACCCGAAACUAGUUAUCUUGGAUGAACCGGUAUAUGAAUCUAGAAUUCUAUUUGAACCUUCACUUUCUUGUUUUUUGGCAAACAUAAAACCUAAUCUGAGAUUGGAGCUCUGCUGUGUUUAUCUGCAGACAACGGGAAUGGACCCAAUAACAAGAAGGCAUGUAUGGGAUAUAAUAGAGGAUGCAAAGAAAGGACGGGCAAUUAUACUAACCACACACUCAAUGGAAGAAGCUGAUAUAUUGAGUGAUCGAAUUGGGAUCAUGGCAAAGGGGAGACUCCGCUGUAUCGGGACUUCGAUAAGGUUGAAAUCAAGGUUCGGUACGGGUUUUAUCGCUAACGUGAGCUUCAGCGGGAAAGGAAACGGCAGCCCUCACAGUGGAGAUCAGGCAGUUUAUCCAGCGAGGCAAGAGGCUGUGAAGCAGUUUUUCAAAUCUCAGUUGGAUGUCUGGCCUAAGGAGGAAAAUAAAUCCUUCCUCACCUUUGUUAUCCCUCAUGAUCGGGAAGGACUCUUGACGAAAUUCUUUGCGGACCUUCAAGAAAGGGAGAAGGAGUUCGGGAUAUCUGAUAUCCAACUUGGUCUAGCGACUCUUGAGGAAGUUUUCCUCAACAUCGCUAAGCAGGCGGAACUCGAGAAUGCUGCAGCUGAGGGGAGUCUGGCGACUCUGACCUUGUCCUCUGGAGCCUUGGUCCAGAUACCUGUUGGGGUGAGGUUCGUUGGUAUACCUGGGACAGAAUCAGAAGAGAAUCCUAGAGGGCUAAUGGUGGAGGUGUACUGGGAACAGGACGAUUCCGGUGCCCUCUGCAUUUCAGGACACUCACCGGAAAAUCCAAUUCCUCCAACAGUUCAACCACUGCCUUCUUCAGCGACUGCAAACAGCAGGAGCUUAUUCGGUCGCAGGGGACCUGUACAUGGGAUCGUACUUGACCCAAAUCAAAUAUCUGGGUCCAAUUCUCAAUGAUCCUCACCUGUCACCCCAUGUACCUACUAAGAUAUGAUAUAUUCAGUUAGGAGAGGUAAACUGAAAUCGCUAGUCUGGUACUUGCGGCCUCCGCGCUGCAAUUGUGAUGCGAAGAAUUCUUUCUUCUCAAGUAUAUAUAGGAUUAUAUGAUUAUGUUUGUAUAAAUAUGUAACAUCCAAUAUUUUCGUGUGUAAGUUUAACAGGUUACCUUAAUAGAAAGUCUCGAAGGAUGCCUAAAUACCAACA